AUGGAGAGACACGGUCAUGUUGGCAGCACCUCACAGCGGGAGCGAGGCCCGGCAGGCGCCUCCGAUGUGACGCUUCAGCUCACACCUGCCCUGGCUAGACAAGUGACGAUGGAGGACUGCGGAAGAGCCUUCGGGAUGUUUGGCGAGGUCGCGCAGCUUGACCUUACGCGCCUCCGCAACGCAGGAAGCGUCCGUGUCCGCUUUUUCGAAGUUGGGGCAGCUCAUGCUCUUCGAGAAUACUUGCGCCAUGGAAGCCUCUGGAGGCCGACACCGGUUGUUGAGGACGCCAAUGGCGUGCCACGUUCCGUUCUUCGGGAGCCCAUGGGGUCCAGGGAGCCUGGGCAUACCCUGGAAUGCGCGUCGGACUCGCAGGCAGUGCGAAACAACUUGGAAAUUGAUGAGGAACGACUUCUCAAUGGCCAGGAGACGCGAUGUUCGUUGAUGAUUGGACAGGUGUCAAAAAACUGCGACUCCGUCCUCUUGCUGGAGAAGCUGCGCGAGAUAGACCUGUUGCACAGACUGCGAUUCUUCUACAUGCCCAUCGACAAGAGUCGCAAGCGCCAUUUUGGAUAUGUCUUCCUAGAGGUUUCGUCACCGCAGGAUGUCAUCGCUCUCUUGCGACGACUACCACGGUUGGGCGAACUGUUGGGCACGGCGCGCUCGAACCGGCAGCUGCAUCUGCACUUCGCUCGGAUUCAGGGCUGGAAGAAUUUCAUGCGCCAGUACAGUGAUCUCGACUUCAUUUUCGAGCCGAAUGCCAACGUGCGGCCGCAACUCUUUCUGCCACACCGGUCGUCUGAGACUGACGGUGGGUUUAAGGAUCUGUUAGCUGCAGAUCUGAGCAAAACUUAUUUAAAUCCGGAGUACCGCAGUCGAUGA